AUGGCCUCCAGCUACCUGACCUUCAUCAAGACGCUCUUCGUGCCCGCCAUCAUCUCCCUCGUCGUCUUCCUCGCCCUGACAUUUGUCCUGGUCCCCUUCUGGCGCCGCUACCGCAGCCGUUACAGUCAGUACCUGCCCCUCGACACCAUCUCCAACCAUACGACGUCCCUGCGCCAUCGCAUCAUGGGCCGCUUCACCACAUUCACGCCACUCUCCACCUUCCUCAGCGGUCGCUUUCCCGCCGGCGUCGUCCCCGGAAGCUCCGUCCUCGGCUCCGCUUCUCCGACCGACGGCGAAACCGGUGACGAGGACGGCGAGGAGUUGGAAGAUGUCGAUGAGGAGACGUGGCGGGCCAUAGAUUGGCGUGUGUCAUCCAUCCGGCCCGAUCUAUCGACGCGGCUAGGUCGAGAACUAGAGGCAGGCUUCAUGGACGAUAGCGACGAAGGUGAUGAUGACCAUGACGGGCGUCGCCGGCCAUAG